UUUUGGGGUCGAGCGGGGCUUGGGGGGGCGGGUGGGGGGACGCCCGGUUCCUCUGCCCGUGCCCCACGUCCGUCCCCGGCACCCCCGUGACCCAGCGUCGGGUUCUGCCCGCUGGCUCCAUGGCAGAACCCCAAAGAUGAUGGCGGGGGCUCCGGCGUCCUGAGGCAGGAUGCUGGCGGGGAGGUGGCGGCUGGAGGGGCGGCGGUGGCGGCGUGCUGAGCAGGCCGUGGUGCUGCGAGCCCUCUACGACUACGCCUACUGUGCCGAGGACGGGCGGCGAGUGGCCAUGGCCGCGGGCGAGCGGUUCCUGCUGCUCCGCAAGGCCAACGAGGACUGGUGGCAGGUGAGGAGGGCCGGGGAGCCCCGCUGGGCUCGGCCUUUCUUCGUCCCCGCCACCUACGUGGCCGAGCUGGAGCCCGGUGAGGCGGGGAGAUGGGACCUGCAGCCCCCGAGCCUGCCGGCGGCGUACACGGGCUUGCUGUCCAAGUACCACUCAGUGGAGAACCUGUGUGGCCCCCCCUCUGCCCCUCCCCGGGAGGCCAGCGGACCCCUGCGCCCCGUGGGCCGCAGCGUCAGCACCAGCCAGCUGGCGGGGGGGGCUCUGCCCGCCCCCCCAGCCCCGCCACCAUCCCAGUCCCAGCAGGAGCUGCUGGCCCAGGGCACUGGGGUGCCCCUGCCCGGAGCUGGCAUGGUGACCCCCCCCAUCUACUGCAACUUCGAGGAGCUGCAGCGGGCGGGGGGGCAAGCAGAGCCCCCCGUGCCAGCUGGGGCCCCCCUCCAGGUUUUGGGGGCCUGGGAACGUCACCAGGACCCCAGCACCGGUCGCUGCUUCUUCUACAACCCCCAGACGGGUGUGACCUCCUGGAAACCCCCCCGGCGGCACCGAGAAGCAGCGGACCAGAGCCCCGCUGCGGAGCGCCCCAGGAGCCCGGCACACCAGAGCUCCCCGGACAGCGGCGGCACCGUGAGCCACGGGGUGAUCCAUGGCCAGCCCCGACCCCAGCACGGCCAGGAGGAUUGCGCAGCCACCUCGCUGCCCCCCCCGGCCCCCGCCAAGCCCCCUCCUUGCAGCCCUGAAUUACCCACGGAGGUGCAGAAGGCCGGGCAGCUCAACAGGACCAAGAUCGCUGAGGGGGGCAGGAAGCUCAGGAAGAGCUGGGGGGUCUCCUGGGUGGUGCUGGCCGGGAACAGCCUCGUCUUCUACAAGGAGCCCAAGGGCCCGGCACCCGCCACCUGGUGCCCUGCCAGCAGCCGCCCCGAGAGCAGCGUGGAUUUGCGAGGGGCUGCGCUGGACUGGGCCCGGCACCUCUCCAGCAAGAAGAACGUCAUCCACCUCCGCACGGUGACGGGUAACGAGUUCCUGCUGCAGUCAGACCACGAGGCCACGAUCCACGAGUGGGCCCGGGCUAUACGGGACGUAAUCCACCGGCUGGACCUGGAGAACCCCAUGGAUGUGCCUUUGGGGUGGCUGCGCCACGUACCCAGCAGGGACCUGGCGGAGCUCAGCGGGGACGAGGAUGAGGCGCCCUGGGUUACCGAGGGGACCAGGUCCCCAGGUACCCCCCCUGCUCCAGACAGCUCGGAGAAGAAGCGGGUGAAGAGCAGGCUGAGGCGCUUCAUCAUCAAACGGCCCCCGCUCCAGAGCCUGCAGGAGAAGGGGCUCAUUCGAGACCAGGUGUUCGGGUGCCGCCUGGAAGCCCUGUGCCAGCGGGAGAACACCACGGUGCCCCGCUUUGUCCGGCUCUGCGUGGAGGCUGUUGAGGAGCGAGGCCUUGACGUCGAUGGGAUUUACCGGAUCAAUGGGAACCUGUCCGUGAUCCAGAAGCUGCGCUUUGCCGUCGACCAGGAACGAGCCGUGACCUCGGACGGGCGCUACGUCUUCCCCGAGCAGCCGUGCCAAGAGGAGCGGUUCAGCCUGGAGGACCCCGAGUGGAGCGACAUCCACGUGGUGACCGGUGCCCUCAAGCUUUUCUUCCGCGAGCUCCCCGAACCCCUCGUGCCUUACGAGCUCUUCAACCCCUUCAUUGAAGCUAUCAAGCUGCCGGACCCCCAGGAGCAGGUGCAGCGGGUGGCUGAGCUGGUGCAGAGCCUGCCCCCCCCCAACUAUGCCACCCUGCGCUACCUCGUGGCCCACCUCUGCCGGGUGAUGGAGCAGGCAGACGUCAACCUCAUGACGCGCCAGAACAUCGGCAUCGUGUUCGGGCCAACGCUGCUGCGCCCGGAGCGGGAGCCCGGCAGCCUGGCCGUGGGCAUGGCCCAGCAGAACCAAGCCGUGGAGCUGCUCCUGGCACACUUCGACCGCAUCUUCCCCACCCCCCCUUGAGCCUGAUCCCCCCCCCAAACUGGGCACAGCUGCCGUUGCCCCUUCCUGCCCUUGGACUCUGCAGUAAGCAGGCGUCUUCCCUGGGACUGCUCGGAUCGGGGUCGGCACCAGGAGCUGCCCUCUUCCCGAUCCUUUCCCAAAGAGGACUCCUGGAGCCCCCUCUCCGUGCAGUAGGGAAUUCGGCGGCCCCAAAUUUCCCUUCCUGCUGCACUCCGCCAUGCCCCGUUUGCCUCCCCAAGGCUGUUACGACAUUGAUUCAUUUCCACCACUCAUUAAAAACCAAUCUGGCACCGUCAGACCCAC